CUUGGACCGAGCCCCCAGCUAUGAAUCGUUCGAUCACUUAAUCCAACUUUCAAGCAGCGAAAGCUUGAAGCUCAUACAAUCAGAAGCCCUCUCCACUCUUCAACGUCGAAAUAAUCACUAUUGCAAAGGUACGCACGAAUCGGAAGUCGGAGAAGGGUUCAUGGAAAACUAAUUGGCACUACCAGAUGCUCGCUCAACCCGCCGCCCGCGCCAGCCCGCGCAUCACCUCCCUCAUCAGCCGCCGGGCAUUCCACGCAACUCCAGCUCGUCUAUCUUCUCCUUACCACUACCCCGAGGGCCCCUACACGAACUUGCCCUUCAACCCCAAGACGCGCUUCUUCGCCGUCCGAUACUGGGGCUACAUGGCCACCGGCUUCUUCGCCCCGUUCGGCAUCUGCGUCUGGCAAACCAAGAAGCCCAAGGCUUAGAGUUAUUGCGAGUGGUCUUUGGAAAGAGUAUGGGAGGCAGGUCUGAAAAUAGUAUUUUUGACUGGGCGGGGACUGCAUGAAGCACGAUGCUGGUUGUACAUAUAUACGACAAUAGACAUUGACGCCACCACCGAAAACAAGUUCAUUUGUCCCCGGUAUUUAGGGAAACGGCAAGAUGUGAUUACCGUGUAGCUCUUUCUCGAGGAAGGGUACAUGAAACCAGCAGUUCGUUAUGAAAAUGACAGCAAACAUAAUUCGACCCCAACUUAGACCAAUUCAGAAGGUAUUGUUGCCACACAUCAGAUACAUCGAAUGAGCUUAUUGACUUGUCUUACAUUGGUACAAUACCACAUUGGAGCUCUCUAUUGAAACCUC